AUGAGCAGCGGGCGUGCGUUGAUGGUCAAUGUAUCCGAGAAACCAUCAACAAAUCGUACAGCAACCGCCUCUGGCAAAAUAUGUGUUGGUCGUAAAGUAUUUAAUCUUGUUCGUGAAAAUCAUUCCAUAAAAAAAGGUGACGUUCUCACUGUAUCACAGAUUGCUGGUAUCAAUGCUGCUAAACAAACCGGUCAUCUCAUACCACUGUGUCAUCCUCUUUUACUCUCUCACAUCUCUGUCGAUUUUCAAUUACAAGAAAAUGAUUACUCGAUCAACAUUACCUCAAAGGUGGUCUCAGAAGGUAAAACCGGCGUAGAAAUGGAGGCUUUGAUGGCUGUCAGCGUUGCUGCAUUAACUAUUUUUGAUAUGUGUAAAGCAGCAAGUAAAUCAAUGGUCAUAAAUAAUUUACGUGUGAUCGAGAAAACUGGUGGGAAAAGUGAUACUUUGAUGGUUCUUCUUUAUUGA